GUGCCCCAGCGCGGAGUGAGUGGGGUGUCUGUACGCGAGGGGCGGCGGGGCUGUGGUUGGCUUCGCGGCCGCCGCCGCUGCCUCUCCCCCCUCGCCCUUCACAUCCCGGGCAGCCGUCCGGUGAGAGGAUUUUGAGCCCCGUGUUGUCGUCGCUCAAAGCUGAAAGAUGGGGAAGAAAAGCCGAGUGAAAACUCAGAAGUCAGGUACUGGAGCUACAGCAGUCGUCUCUCCGAAAGAGAUGUUGAAUCUAAUUAGUGAACUGUUGCAGAAAUGCAGCAGUCCAACUCCAGGUCCUGGAAAGGAAUGGGAAGAAUAUCAGCAGAUCCGAGCUCUUGUUGAGAGAAUUCGUAAAAAACAGAAAGGUUUAUCUGUUGUAUUUGAUGGGAAAAGAGAAGAUUAUUUCAGUGAUCUAAUCAAAUGGGCCAGAGACAAUGGUGCCUCCACAGAAGGUUUUGAAGUGGAUAACUUUGGAGAAGAGGGUUUUGGUUUGAGAGCCACAAGAGAAAUAAAAGCUGAAGAACUUUUUCUCUGGGUUCCCAGAAAAUUGCUGAUGACGGUUGAGUCUGCUAAAAAUUCAGUCUUGGGAUCUUUGUAUUCUCAAGACCGAAUUCUCCAAGCGAUGGGAAACAUCACGCUAGCAUUCCACCUUCUUUGUGAACGAUGCAACCCUAGUUCUUUCUGGCUGCCUUACAUCCAAACUCUCCCAAGUGAAUACAAUACCCCUCUUUACUUUGAAGAAGAAGAAGUUCAGUAUCUUCAGUCAACUCAGGCCAUACAUGAUGUUUUCAGCCAAUAUAAAAACACUGUUCGACAGUAUGCGUAUUUCUACAAAGUUAUCCAGACCCAUCCUAAUGCCAGCAAACUGCCAUUAAAGGAUUCUUUCACAUAUGAUGAUUAUAGGUGGGCAGUUUCUUCUGUCAUGACACGACAAAACCAGAUUCCUGCUGAGGAUGGCUCCCGGGUUACUUUAGCUCUGAUUCCUUUAUGGGAUAUGUGUAAUCACACCAAUGGGCUGAUUACUACAGGCUACAACUUAGAAGAUGACCGUUGUGAGUGUGUAGCUCUUCAAGAUUUUAAGGCUGGUGAACAGAUUUACAUUUUUUAUGGCACUCGGUCAAAUGCUGAAUUUGUGAUCCACAGUGGGUUUUUCUUUGAUAAUAAUUCACAUGACAGAGUGAAAAUAAAGCUUGGAGUGAGUAAAAGUGACAGGCUGUAUGCUAUGAAGGCAGAGGUCUUAGCUCGCGCUGGCAUUCCAACUUCUAGUGUUUUUGCCUUGCAUUCAACGGAGCCACCGAUCUCUGCCCAGCUUCUGGCUUUCCUUAGAGUGUUUUGUAUGACUGAAGAUGAGCUGAAAGAACACUUGAUAGGAGACCAUGCCAUUGACAGAAUCUUCACUCUUGGCAAUUCUGAAUUUCCAGUGAGCUGGGACAAUGAGGUGAAACUUUGGACAUUCCUUGAAGCCAGAGCAUCCCUUCUUUUGAAAACCUACAAGACCACUAUUUCAGAGGACAGAGCCUUUUUAGAAAAACCAGGCCUUGCCUGUAAUGCGACAAUGGCUAUUAAAUUGCGUCUAGGUGAGAAAGAGAUUUUGGAGAAAGCAGUAAAGAGUGCAGCUGCCAACCGAGAAUACUACAGUAAACAAAUGGCAGAAGGAGCUCUUCUCCCCAAGUAUGAAGAGAGCAAUAUUGCACUGCUGGAGAAUACUGUGGCAGGUUCAAGACUCCCAAUUGUCUUGAGAAAUUUGGAGGAAGAUACAGAUGAGCAGGAGGACUUAAAGAUUGAGGAAACGAUUGGUACAGAAACAAAUGGAUUUGUGAAUGGUGACAAUUCAAUGCUUAAUGGGACCAAAUCGGAAAAUGAAAACCUAAAUCAAGAGGAAAGCAACAGAGAGACUGAAGAUGCCAAAGAAUCUUCUUCAGACAGUACUGAUGAGGUUAAGGAAUAGCUCUAAAAUAGCUUUGACUUUAUUGUGAAAUUGAAAACUAGCAAGUGUUCUUUUUUCUUCUUCUUUGAACGGUGAAUUGAAUUGGUGUUUCCUAACAAUUCUUUUUGCAGAGGAAAAUGUUUUUUGCUGCUUUAUAAUAAAAAUGGUUUUUAAGUUAUUUUAAAAAAAUAGCACCCCUUUUCUAUUAAGAUUGCCAUCUUGCUUUUGGAAGAUAGGGGUGGGUGAGGAAAAAAGGAGGAAAGAUACCUUUGCCAGCCCUUGGGUGGGAAUAUAUGUUUAUUUCUGGGGGAAGAGUUCAGCUUCAUCUGCUGUCAUUCUGUUCUGUUACUCUGACUUCAAAAACCCAGUUUGCUUUUUGCAAUUUGCCCAGGGAGGUGGUAAGGCUUGACUGACUAUUUGUUACAAGCAGAGAGCAGAACAGCACAAGGAGUGGCUAGAAAGACUGAAGAGGUGGGAGAGGCUGAGGCUGUGUAGGGCCCACGUGCACUGCUUCCUGGAAAGGUAAGGUGGCAACCUUAUUUUCAUCAGGUUUCAAAGGAUGAAAAAGAGCAUAAAUUAUAUUCUAAUUACAGUGGUUCCUUUAAAAAUGGUUUAUUUUGUGUUUCAGUUUACUGUGCAAAAAACUUUAUUCUCCCUGCCUUCUCCUUGAAAUCAAAGUGUGCAGCUAUUGUACAUCCAUUAUUUUUUUAAGCUUGCCUUCCCCACCCUCCACUUUCUUUGAAAUGGCACUGUUUGUUUGGUGAAGAAGUUGGAAGCAGUUCAGCCAGACUACAGCUUUAAAAUGUGUUGUUCAAAGUGAGGUUGCUCUCAGCUUUUUCAGGUUUUCAUAAAUAGCUAGAGAUUUUCAAAGCUACACUUUUGACUAAGAAAAUUAUUAAAAGUAAAACUUUAGUAAUUUGUGUCUGCUAUUGUUCAUUAAUGUUGCACGGCCAUAAGCCCUGACAUGUUUACUUGUGAACUAACAUUAAAUUUCAGCUUUGGACAAAGCCUCCACGGAAGUUGGUGUGGAAGUGGUAAGCAGCAAUAUUUUUGGAUAUGGAUGCUUAGAGCCUGUUAAUUUGGGGCACUAUCCAAAGAAAGUUAGUUAUAUCCCUGUCCCAUUUACACCAACCAUUUAUUCGUGAUUUAUCAAAAAACCGAGCUGUAACAGUUCCUUUUGCUUCCUUUUUGUUAUUCUUUAAGAACAUUUCUGUUUUCUGGCACACUUUUGAUUGGACCCAUGAAACUGUUACCCAUUUUUUGUCCUAAGAAGUAGAAUUACCCCUUUUCCCUCCACUAAAAAGCCAAGUUUUUAAAACACCAGACCCUUUCUUACAGCACAAAUUCUGGGUUUUUAGGACUGGAGAUGUGUUUUGGAUUCAGCUGAUUUAGACAUAUUUGGGAGAUGUCUGAAUCAAAAUGAGACUCCUCUGAAGUGAUCUGAUUCCAAACAUUCCAUUUUCAUACAGAUUACAAAACAAAUAAAACACAUGGAAAGGAGAUAAAGGAAAUAAAUCAUUCCCCAACUCCACAAAUCUGAAUGCUCAUGCUACUAAAAAAGAAAAAAAACCCCAAACCCCAAGAGAGAGCUUCAGCUAUGGGCAGUAUAGAAAUGUAGUAAAUAACAACUGCAUAUUUUCUGCUGUAAUAGGGGGACAUCCUUCUCUAUCCCUCUUUUUUUGGAGAAAACCUUUAAACUAUAAAGAUUGCUCUAGGGCACACUUAUUUAAAAUAUGGCAGAUCUGUAAGGGCAACUAUCCCUAUAAAUUUCAUCUAAUUAUGCUAAGAAAUAAAAAUGAUAUUGGCAGUUCUUUGCAAAACAAUAAUUAUUAAAAUUGAAGAGUGUAGUAUAAAAGACCCUUCACCUAUUUGUCUGAGAUUUGCAAGGCAUAGUCCUCUCUUCAUGGAUAGUUAAACCUGAAAAAUGUAAUCCAAAUCUGAUGAACCAAAAAGAAAAUCACAGCUGUUUGUUGGUUUCCAAUGACUAUUGCCCCUUCUUUAGCCUAUGUGACUAUUGGCAGGACUUGGGUGAUCACAUUACUAACCAGAAGGGCUUGCAGAAUGUAUGAUGGACCUGUUUGGAGUCAGAAGCAGCUCAGUAGAAUUUCUAGGAUUGGGGCUGGAGCUUCAGUAUUCUGUACAAUUCCUGAUUCCUCCCUAGGAUGAGCAGAAGCAAAAUAAGUAAAUAGAUGCAAACUUAAUAUUUGUGAAAAUCAUUUUGCAGAAUUUUUGAUCAUUUUGACGUGCUGUUUUACUUCAAAUUAGCCAUAGCUGCUGGUUCUUUCCUUUAUAAUUAAUCUGAUUUUUAAAAUAUAUCACUGCCAUUCUGCUUUGGUAUUCAGAAUAACCAUUAAAACUGUGAAUCUUAAAACAAUACUGUAAAAUACUAAUAAAAAAGGUUUCAGAGACUUCA